CUUACUCAGUAGCAAAACCGGAGAGAACCUCUACGAAAGCUGGCAAAAUGCUCACCGAACCAAUGUUUAUGUUGAAUCUUCCGCCGCUAAAUUUUGUUGGAGGAAAACUAUCGAUUAAAGUGCAAGAAAUCGGGAAGCUGGCUCUGGGUCAGUACUGUAUGUAAAGUGAGGAAGCUUGAAUCAUACAUUUCUGGAAACAAGUGAAUCAUGAAAGUAACAAGAUGAAAAAAGUCACCGUGAUGAUCAUAAGCUCCAGUGAUGUGUGAAAUGCAGUGAACCACACGAGAUUACAGCAGCAUUGAAUUGAACGGAUGCAUGCGUCGAUGUCUGCAUGCAAACGAAAACAAAAGUGUUAAAAAUAGCGUUCAGGAAAGUUACACGAUAUGGAAGUUAGCACGCUGUUCAGUCUAGUGAAUUGGUCGCUGUAACUUGUCCUGCAGUCACGGUCUGGUGUAAGUCGUAAGAAGUUCUUCAGCGCCAUGGGAAACACCCAAGUGGCAGGUGAAAGUAAGGGUAGCCUUCCCAGGUUACCUAAACAGAACCUCGUGAAAGGGCGGAGUUUUAUGAAAUUUGGUAAAAAGAAGCCACUUCCAGUCGAUCAUGACGGUAUUGCAACCAUCGCAAUCGAAUGCAGCAGCAAGUCGGAUGUGGAUGCUGACAACGAAGAUGGAUUUUCGCAUAUAUUUAUGGAGAAUAGUGCAACAUCGAAAGCAACAACAUCAGCGUCGGCCGGCCAAGGUCAGCAGUUGUCGAAAUCAGCUGAUUCGCUUCUGGUGGAGACAGAGAUUACCAAACGAGAAUUUGAAUUCGUUUCUGGGUACGGAAAGGAUGAUAAGCCAACCGAAUCUCACAAAGGAACGCAUGAUACACAACAUAAGGGCAUUAGCAGCUCUAGCUUCGCACCGCUAGAUACCGAUAGUGUGCAUGACGUAAUAUAUACACCCCCUAGCCCAAACGGUACAGUUUCGCUAGCUACGGCGGGAACAUCAACAACGACGAUGACGACAUCGAACCAUACAGAGAGCAACACCGUAACACACAACAAACAUGCUGAAGAAGUCCAAACAAACGAGUCACAGACCUCCUCACAACCAGGCACUAUGAUCACCACGACCCGACCUGCACUAGCACAACCAAAUGGAAGCACCAAAACACCACAAACACAAAAAGACCUGAUCGUAGGGAACAACAAAUUGCCGGCUUCCUGUGCUGCUAUAGCAACAAAGCCAAACUCGAACGGCCUCAGUAAUAAACUGGUUCUGGGUGAGGGCACAACCACGAGACAGCUGGACCUUUGCGAUCACGAGCCGUCGUCUGGGUCAAUCAUAGUAACUACGGACUCCUGGAGGAGGGUGAAAUCGCUCAGCGAAAACACGACCGUUCGCCACGAUUUGGUUGAUCAAAACAAAGAUCACUCUGCCAAAGUGAUCCAUCUGCUUGAGCACACCACCUCGUCCAGCUCGGAUUCGAUCUUUACCGAUCCGGCCACACCACUGGGAGCCUUUGCGACGGAAAUAAACCAGGCAUACUACUCGGAGGAGGACCUAAUCGAUGCGCAAGACGAUGAAACAGAGUCAACACCGGUGAAGAAGAUUCCAUCGCUUCCGACGAAACUGCAGCAGCUUAGUGUUCAUAAAAUUGAACCAAUCGCUUUCGAUGCAAGUGAGGGGAAGGGUAGAAACUGGAGAGAAAAUUUGUCCAUAGUGAAUGUUUCCGGCAUUUCUGUCGAGAGUUGUAGUGUUCAGUGUUUAGAGAAAUGCCAAGUUGUUAAUAUAGAAGGCAUUAGUUUGGAUGGACAAUGUUUGGAUGAAUAUUACUUAGUGGACGAAGAAGGGAUAGAUGCAAUGACUCAGAACUAUCGAAACCACAUGACUACUCCGUGCAGCACCAUUCAAAUCCGCGGCGAUGGGCUGCCCGCGGAAGAAGGGAAAGGCCUGUUCAACAUUUCUCGUGUGAAGAAAGUAGAACUUGCGGAGAUCAAAACACCAAGUUCACUCUACGCCACUCCUUGUUUAGCACUGCCCCCAUCUUCCGAAGCGCAUUCAAUGGUUGGUACUGAGCAACAAUGGAUAUCACCAAUACUACCGGUAGGGAAAGGUAACGUCCUGCGGAAAGUUGUGACCCUCUCUUCCGGUAAACCGAGCGAAUGUACACUGGCGAGCAAAAUUUCUCGUCCUCCGUUCGUGCCGGAGAAACUGAACUUUUCCGCGUACGAAAAGUUCGAAGGUCAAAUGCUCAUGAACUGGCUUCUAUCAACGCUGCAGUCCGCAAAUGUGACCAUCAACGAGCAAGAACUUAACACCGUGAUGUUACAGUACUGCACAAAUCUAAUGGUAGCCGGAGUUAUCAAACAGAUUCCGGAUAAAUUGGCUCCCAUCCAGGAAACAUUUCGGCCAAACUUGAUGUAUCAAUGGGCUCACACGGACAUACCUUCGCCAGUUCCGCCAACACCGGGUCGCUUAGAAACGCACGUGGUUUGGCCACAUUUUGUUAGUACUAGUGAGUCGGUUGGUUCAAUGACAACAAAAUCCGCCGCACAUUCCACCACCGAUCCUCCAAGGACUGCCGAAUGUGAAGACAGCAGACAGAUGACUGUUAAUAGCAGCACACCCAAGGCGUCUAAUGUCAAGGUCGAUGGAAAACUUGAAGAUCUGAAAAACGAAGUGAGCAUGUGUGAAACAUUCAACGACGUUAAAAGAGUGAUACAAAAUUUCGUGCGGGAUGAGAGUGAUAGUGAAGUAAGUCAAGUAGAAAUUGUGCAAGCGAAAAAUCGAACGUGUAUGCUGAGUGAUCUGUUGAACGAAACCGAUGUCACUAUUUACCAGAUCGAGCAGGAAAAGCUGGAUCAAAGUGAAACAGUAACACCCCCAAUGGCACCUCCGCUCGUUAGUUCUACCGUGGAAAAUGAUGCAUCACGUAUAAAGGGAAACCCAUCAGCUGAAUGUGAUUCCAAUAUUAUUAACGCAAGCUUACCUAACAGUAUUGAUAACCACAGAUCUUGUUUCCUUCCGGACAUUAACACUAGUGAUGAUAGUAGUAACCUUACUAAUGGCACUGUGUUCGAUAAUAAUGCUAAUGGAGCUCAAAACACCGUAUAUAUCUGCCGAAAUUGCUGCAAGCAAGCAUCUACUAAGAUCGAUCUGAGCUCUGGUACAUCUGGGAGUGAUCAUCUCAUAGAAAAUAGUUCUCCGACAGAGCCCUACCAACCAAAGAGUUUGAUCACACAGGAAACACAAACCGAUCCGAUCAACUAUAUCUUAAAUGUACCUACGGCGAAUUCAACCUCUGUUAGGUCGUGUAAUGCGCCUUCACAACCUCCCCCACCACCUCCGCCUCCGCCGCCAUGUGCAUUCCCAAAGCUAGUAGGACCUCCGAAAGCUGCAAUUCCUCCUCCUCCUCCUCCUCUUCCUCCACCACAUCAUAUUCCAUCUCUGGCAUCCAUUCCCCCACCACCACCGCCACCCCCUGCCACAUUAUCGGUUCCACCGGCCCCUCCAGCACCACCGAUGACGUCGUCGGGAAUCAAUCCACUGAGAGGCCCUCCAAUCGCACCCCCUCUGCCUCCGCCGCCACCGCCACACUCUUCGGCGGCUGUGGCAAGUGGUCCAACAGCGCCACAACCACCAUGUACCAUGGCCGUUCCUAUGGGACCAGGUAAAUUACCGUCAACUACUACUCCGUGUGGCCACAGUCACGUGACCGCGGCAGGCCCUCCACCGCCAUUACCAUUACCAAUACCAACGCCCGGAGGAUGGUAUCAGGCAAAUACGCUUCGUAAGACUGCCGUAAACCCUCCAAAACCAAUGAAGCCACUCUACUGGACGCGGAUAGUGGCACCGAAGAUAAGCCCAGUAACAGAAACGGAUUCCGCUGGCGAACAGCCAGAAGAACUGAAACCUGCACUCUGGCAAGAGUUGGAAGAAAUGAGCCUAGACAACAUCGAAGAAUUCACUGAGCUGUUUUCGCGUCAGGUCGUAGUUCCCAAAGUCAAAGAAAAAAUCGAAAAACCUGAGAAAACAAUCAAAGUGUUGGACAGCAAGAGAUCCCAAAAUGUUGGUAUAUUCGCCAAGAGUCUGCAUGUUGAUUUCUACGAAAUCGAAUCGGCUAUCUACCAUUGUGAUACAUCUGUCGUGAGCCUGGAAGCGCUCCAAAAAAUUCAGGAAAUCAAAGCAACCGACGAAGAACUUUCGCAGAUUAGGGAAUGUGCCGAGGGUAAUAUACCGUUGGAUCCUCCAGAGCAAUUCUUGCUACGUAUCUCCAACAUAUCUUCAUUUUCUGAACGAAUAUCCUGCAUAGUAUUCCAAGCGGAAUUCGACGAACAUUACAUUUCGGUUACCAGAAAACUUGAAACAGUGAAACACACGUGUGAGUUUCUGAUCGAAAGUGAGCAACUCAAGCAUCUCUUCUCGAUCAUCCUAACCCUCGGAAACUACAUGAAUGGAGGCAAUCGAACUCGAGGGCAAGCGGAUGGUUUUGGAUUGGAAAUUCUUGGUAAACUGAAGGACGUUAAAUCAAAAGAUAAUAAUAUCACUCUCCUGCACUUCAUCAUUAAAACCUACAUCAGCCAAUGUCGGAAAAAUGGCACAAUGUUGCAUGAAAUUGAAAUUCCAGUCCCAGAUCCAGGAGAUUUGGAUCGAGCUGUGCUUGUCGAUUUCGACGAUUGCAAGACGCAACUGAAUAUGCUCAAAUCUAAAACGGAUGAAUGUCGCCGAAUAACGGAAAAAGUGAUAGCGGAAUCUGCGGAAAACAGUAUUCUUACGUUUAAAGAAAAAAUGGAUGCCUUCAUUGGGGUGGCAAUAAAGCGAAUAGAGAAACAAUACCGCAAGCUGGACGAAUGUAGGGAGAUAUUCAUCAAAACGAUGAUUUUCUACAAAUUUAUUCCUAAAUCGGGCGCCUUGGAGGAAUGCAAGCCGGAAUUGUUUUUCGAGCUGUGGACGCCUUUCUCCCAUGAUUUCAAAAAUAUAUUCAAGAAAGAGAUUCUGAAUCUAUCCAACGAACUAUUAAAGAAAACGAAACGGCCACCACCAAACGUGUCCAGCAACUCCAAGCAAUCGUCGCAAGGAAAACUGAAGGCAGGUUCCUUGAAAGAGCGUUUGAAACGCCUCAGCAAUAAAUGUUAAAAUGAGUAAAAUGAAAAAGAAGCACAACUAUUCAAGAAAAUACCUUUUUCCGCUAUGAUUAUAUCUGUAUUGAUAAAUAAAAACUGUGAAAAAAUAUUUAUAGGAACUAUAUUUAUAGUAUUUAUUGAAGAUGUUUUUAUGAAUCGUAUGAAAAAUGAUAGAUUAGUUUGUAAGAAGUGAGAGAGACUAUUUUGCUAAAAUAAAUCUUGGUGAUUACAUAUCUGAACAGAUUAAAUGGAGUCAGAGUUAUGAAUGAGACAUUGUUUCAAGGAAUAAAAUGAUUCA